ACAUAAUUUAAAUUUGAGAUAUCCCAGUAUUCAGAUAGGGAACUUUUGGUUCAAAUCUGUUCAAAUAGUGUUUGAAAAAUGCUACUUAGAUUGCCCAGAAAUUGUUUGCAUCAAGCCGCUACUGAUGCUCAUGCAUUUGUUCAUAAAUUUGUUGUGCUAUCAAAAUACCUUUGAUGACUGAACUCCUCGUAUUUUUGGCUUUUCUUGUCUUGAUGGAAACUUAUUUGAUAAUUUAAUUUUUACUUAUCCCCUCUCCCCUCUUCAAAAUCUUAAGCUUUUAUUUAGGCUAUUGUGAAAAGGAUGGGUUGCAUGGCAGGAAAAGUGCUAGAAUGGCAUCCAAGUGGGAGGGGUGAGGCUAAAUAUAUCACAAACGAAAGGAAAAGAAAACAAGGGAAGGGGUGCGAUUAGUGUUUUUUAGCAGGAAAUCUGUAGACAGCCAAAAAGGAAAUUCAAAGAAAAGAAAGAAGCGAUAGAGCCUGAAGCUGAUCCAGAAAGGGAUCAGAGAACUGUUUUUGCUUACCAGAUGCCCUUGAAGGCAACUGAGAGGGAUGUUUAUGAGUUCUUCUCAAAAGUAGGAAAGGUGAGGGAUGUCCGACUGAUCAUGGACAGGAAUUCCAGACGGUCAAAAGGAGUUGGGUAUAUCGAAUUUUAUGAUGCAAUGUCUGUGCCAAUGGCUAUAGCUAUAUCUGGCCAGCUACUUCUCGGACAACCUGUAAUGGUUAAACCAUCAGAGGCAGAAAAGAACCUUGUUCAGUCUAAUGCUUCUGGUGGCGGUUCAGGAGGACUUGCAGGGCCAUAUGGUGCAGUUGAUAGAAAACUUUAUGUGGGGAAUUUGCACUUCAACAUGACAGAAUUUCAGCUUAAACAGGUAAAUGUCAAGUUAUUUUGAUUUGGUUAGACUUGGACAAGUAAAAAUGGGUGCUAUUCUUUCCUGAUCUUUAUUUCCUAUAUUUUUUUGAAAUAUAUUCCUGGUUGGGCAGGAAGAAAAAUGUAAGAAGUCAAUUGCUGCCAUGUUAGAACUUUACCGAUGAUAAUUAGCAUGAGACUACCUAAACUGAUGACAAAAGAUAGAAAGGAAAAAAUAUCAUAUUCUUCUGACUAUGUAGGGUGGAGAUAUACUCGUUGCAUCAUGGGGGGACCCUUUUUAUUAGGACUAGAGCUGGUAGCACACGUGUAGCAUGUGCAAGGUAUUGUGGAGGUUAUAUAUCGUUACCAUUGUUAUCUAAAUUGUACGAUUCGAUUUGAUUUAAUACCCAUUUGAUUCGUAUCUUACUCUAGAAUUGUUUUUGGCCGAAAAUCGCACCUGAAUCGCAAGAAUCAUAUACGAUUUGAUUCGAUUCGAUUCAAAUUGAGGGAAUCAUAUGAUUCAUUUUAUUAUUAUUUUUUAACCCUAUUUCUAGUAAAACAAUGUGGUUUUGACUUUUAGAUGGUCAAAAUGAUGUCGUUUUGCUAGAAAGGUCCAACUCCAAAUAUAAAACUCGUGUCUAUCUCUAUAUCUUGUGUUUGUGUCUUUGCCUCUCAAGUAACUGAUCAAGCGUCUAUGAACAGCAUACAAAGACGACUUCUCUUUCAAUUUCAUUUUAGGUAUUCUUGUUCUUCUUAAACAACAGCUACCGACCUCUAACAUACCCCCUACUUCUUUAAUAAAUGAUCAGUUUUUUGUUGUUCAUCAAAAAUUUAUGAAAUAAUUUUCUAAGUUUAUUUGUUCGAAUUAGGAUGGAUUUUUUAUAUUUUAGUACUUCAUUCAUAGGAAGACGAUAACUAUUACUUGGUUAAAAUCAUGCAUCUUUCACUAUGACCAUUUUGGAAAAACGAUUUAUUAUGUAUUAAUAAACAAGUAACAGAGGUACAAACUCACGAGUAAUUUUAUAAAGGUUAAUAUUUUUCUAUUUAGACGACGUGAUAAUGUUAAUACUUGUCAAUUAUUUUUUUAAAAAUAUUAUAAUGUUCAAUAUUUAAUAUCUUGCCUAUUUUAAAUAUGUAUAUGUUAUUUUUUUUUAUCAUUGUUUGGAUUUUAUGUUGAAUCGUACGAUUUCCGAUUUGAUACAUUUUCCAAUUCUCAAGUCUAAGAUUUUGAUUCCCAAUACGAAUCUCUAUUUGGUAACUAUGAUCCCUACUGAAAAAUAAGAGGAGCUUUGUGUAAUUUAAGUAAGACAUUUAGAGUAUAGUUCAAGGUCACGGUAUUGGUUAUCGACUUGGCGGACACUAUGACACAUCGGUCGCGGAACGCUAUCGGCCGAUACACUUAAAAUGCUAGAUAGAAUGCCUAAAAAAUUCUGAAAAAAUAAUGAAAUUUUCUAAAACUUGUAAAUGUCAUCAUUCAUGCAUCAUAUCUUCAAAAUACAUU